AUGAUAUAGCUCCUUCACUCUUAUAGAUCAUUAUGUUUAAUUUUUAAAUGGAAUUUGGCUUUGCAUUUUUUAAAAAAAUUAUCCUGUCCCAUAUUUUUCAUUACUAUUGAUAAUAGCAACUAUUAAGAUGGAAAAGGUAUAAAAUACUUUUUUAAUAAACAUAUGUAUAAAGCUGUACAAGGUGCAGUCAAGCUUACCCCUCCUCCUGCACUAGAAGCUUAUUUCCAAUGGGCCAGAGCACGUGGAAUCCGAUGGGACAAAAUUGAGUACCCCGUCCUUUUUCCACCUGGAUACAUAGGAUCACGAGCUAUUGCACCUAUACAGCCUGGGGAGCCCAUUAUUAUAGCUCCAAAUCCUUCACUGUUGACUACAAAAGUGGCGCUUAAUAGCGAAAUGGAAGAAAUUUAUGACCAAAAUAAAGACUUGUUCAGCGAGCGUAAUUCACGCUACGAAGAUCUGGUUUUAAUUACCUUUUUAAUAUGAGAAAAAUACAAAGGUGAGAACUCAGAGUGGUAUGAUUUUAUUGUGUCGCAGCCUGAGUGUCCAGAAGUACUACAAGACUGGUCAAUUGAAGAAAUAAAGGAGCUGCAAGAUGAAGAUUUGGAAUAUGAGGUAAAAAAUACGUAGUCAAAAUCCCAGCUGGCAACUGAAAUGAAGAUUUAUUCAAGCUGAAAAAAAGUAAUUAAAAAAUACCCACAGUAUUUCAAGCCUGCUAUGAUGGUCUACAAAGAAUUCAACUGAGCUUAUAAAAUAAUCGGGACUCGAACCUUCGGAAAAUUCGUCCCAUAUGCGACUUUUACACCUAUAGGAGAAUUCCUUAACCACAACAAUACAGAAACUUUUUACUGCUAUGUCCACCCUGAUGAAGUCCCUGAUUCAUCCUCAAGAUAUGAUGGAUUUAAAGAUUUUGAAGACCAUGACGACGAUAUUGCUGACUCCCCCUCCGUGAGUGAACAAAAAAAAUUUUGUUCACUCACGGGGGGGGGUUAAUUUUUUUGUUUUAAAAAACAUUUAUAUAUAAAUUUUCUAAAAAAUAUUUUUUUCGAAAUUCAAAAAAAUCUAAUUCGAAAAAAUUGGAAAGAAAUAUUAAUUUAAUUUAUAAAAUUUAUGUUUUAAAAAGCAAUUUGUUUAAAAUUAAACAGAAUUAGCUCUAGAUUUCAUUAUACUAAUUAGCAUUUAUAUAUCAAAAUUUUUUUCCAUAAAAUUUUUUUCUGUUAAAAAAAUUUUUGUUCACUCACGGAGGGUGGGUUUUUGGGCAAAAAAUAGCGAUUUUUCUAAUUGUUUUGUUCACUCACGGAGGGGGGGGAGUGAGAAAAAUCCUAUUAUUUCGGUUACUUGCCAGACAUUGGUCUCUGUAAAUAAAGAAGGGAAUACAAAUUUUGACGAGUCACUUAAAAAUAAAUUCAAUAAAAUUAAAAAAGAAGCUGAAGAAAUUGAUGGGGUGGAGUUUAUGGAAAGUAAUAGAAAAUUAGAAAUGAACAAAGAAGAAUACCAGCCGCCUGGAGUUUUAUUGUCAGAAAGUGAUGAAAAGCAGCUGAGAAUUGUGGCUGGGCCUAAUGAUAGAUAUGAAGAAGGGUCUGAAGUGUAUAUGAGCUAUGGAAGAUACUCGAAUAGACAGUUAUUGUGUGUUUAUGGGUUUUCACUUAAAGACAAUAUAUAUUAUUUAGUAUAAAUAAUUAAUUUGCCCUGUUGAAAUAUAAUGACAGUCACAAAGCAUUAAAUAGGGAUAUAUAAUUACGCAAGAAUUAAGCCCAACCUAACCCAUUUCACAAAUAACCCAGAACAAAUCAGACAUAUAAGAAGCUUCAAGCUUGAUAGACCUUGCGCAUUUAAAAUAAGGGCGCAACAUUUGUGUUUAGAUCUUAUAAGAGCUAUAAGAGCCUUAAGAUGGAAAAGCUCUAUGUCAGAAAAAGCUUUUUUCAACCCAGCAGACAUUGAGUUAGAGCUCGAAACCUUUGAACAUGCCAAAUUUAUAUUAGAAAGGUGGCUAUCUUGCUAUCCGACCUCAUAUGAGCAGGAUUUGCAGCUUCUCCAAGAAAACCCUCCAAUGAGGCUUUAUUUUGCUGUAAAAUCUAGUUUAGUUAACUUAUAGAAGCGAAGUCAAAAGAAUUUUGAAAAAACAAAUUCAGCUGAUUAAUGUCACUAUUGGGAUCCUGCUGAAGCUUAGAACGCAGAUGGAUCUAGAUUUAGCGUUGAUUCCAAUAGAAGAAUAUGAGCAACAAGAAGAAGUAUUCUGACUAUAAUAAAUUUUAUUCAGAAAAUCUGAAUGCUAGUAAUAAUUUUUUUUAUUUUAGAAAUUAAAAUUUGAAAAAAUUUAAAAAUAAAUUAAUUAUGGUAUACAAGAAAAUAGAAGAGCUAUAGAUUCGUAUUUGAGGUCUUUAAAAUCAUCACAAUUAAGUAGUUAA